GGCGCGCGGGCGGCCGUAAGCGGCGGCGCCGGGCCAUGGGCAACGCGCUGGGCCCAGCCGCGCCCCGCGCCCCGCGCCGCGGGCAGCCACUCGGCAGCCCCGGCAGCUUCGAUGAGCUGCACCGGCAGUGUAAAGAGGUGUUCCCGCAGCAGAUGGAGGGCGUGAAGCUGAUCGUCACCAAGACCCUGAGCAGCCACUUCCAGGUGACACACACGGUUCACAUGAGCACCCUCGGCCCCUCCAGUUACCACUUCAACGCCACGUUCGUGGGGGACCGGCAGCUCAGCCCCACUGAGGUGUUCCCCACGCUGGUCGGGGACAUGGACAACAGCGGGAGCCUCAACGCCCAGGUGCUGCAUCUCGUGGCCGAGCGAAUCCGCACCAAAGCCGUCUUCCAGACACACCAGGCCAAGUUCGUGACGUGGCAGUUUGACGGCGAGUACCGUGGGGACGACUGCACGGCCACCCUCACUCUGGGCAACCCCGACGUCCUGGGCGAGUCUGUGAUCCUGGUGGCACAUUUCCUGCAGAGUGUCACCCCGCGCCUGGUGCUGGGCGGGGAGAUGGUUUACCACCGGCGGCCCGGGGAGGAGGGAGCCAUCCUGACGCUGGCGGGCAAGUACACGGCUCUGAAGUGGGUGGCGACGCUGAACGUGGGGUACGGCGGUGCCCACGCCAGCUACUACCACCGGGCCAACGAGCAGGUAACAGCCCCCCGAGUCCCAGCCCCUGCUGCCACGUCUCCCCAGGCCUCACGUUUCCCCCCUCCCCAGGUGCAGGUCGGGGUGGAGCUGGAGGCCAACACACGACUGCAGGACACCACUUUCGCCUUUGGUUACCAGCUCAACCUGCCACAAGCCAACAUGGUCUUCAGAGGGCUCCUGGACAGUAACUGGAGCGUCGGGGGGGUGCUGGAGAAGAAGCUGCCGCCGCUGCCCGUCACUCUGGCUCUGGGCGCCUUCCUCAACCACUGGAAGAACCGUUUCCACUGCGGCUUCAGCAUCAUCGUGGGCUGAGGGGCCGCGGAGGCGGGUGGUACGUGCCACCGUCCUGCUCAGGGAGCCGCUGCGCCGUGCCGCGGGGUCACACGGAGCUGGGGAGCCCGUGGAGGGGGGACCUGGCCCUUUGUGGCCGGGGGACGCUGUGACUGUGGGCGCCGUCGGGCUGAGGAGCGGCUGCGGCUCGGGGCCGGAGCCUCUGCGCGCCGCGUCCUCGGCCCAGCGCAGUCCCUCUGCUCCCACCCCCUCCCCUGCCUCAGUUUCCCUCUGGCAGCGCAGGGUGCACACACACGUGGAGCCUGGAAAAAUAAAGGAGCUUUACUCUGC